AAUUCCGGUAGGCGGAGUCCAGCAGGCCGGGUACAAAAACAAGCCGCGCCGUGCGCUUCUUCCACUUCUUCCCGUUGUCUGGCGGAGAUGUGGAGAGGUCGGAGCCAUGCUUUCUGCACAGGUUGUGUGACACCUUCUACAUCAGGUCUCUUUGGUGGCCACCCAGAGGUGUUCAGUGUGGCUUAAACUUGCUGGGGUGAAAGUCUGAAGUUUCAGAUGGAAGCAAAACCAGCAUGGACUGCCGGUGAUGCUUCUGGAGGAAGGCACCCAUAAAAGCUGAAAGAUGUUGUGACGACUGCGGCAGCAGCUCCAUGGAAGCUUUCUUGUCACAGGAAGCUGAUUUUUUUGGACUUAAGAUGCUGCCGUCCUCUCGCUGCCUGUUUGUCCAGGACAGAGCUGCUUGUCAGAGCUAUGAUGUUGCCAUGAGAGCCUAGGUUUGUCAUUGUGCUCACUGACGAGUUGAACUGCAGCAGCUGGACUGCUACAACUUUCAACACCUGGACAGCAAAACCAGUCCACACUGAUUGGACACAAGGCAUCAUGCAAACCUGUCACUGUACUGCUGGCUGCAGUCUGAGCUCCACAGGAACUCAGUGGAGACUUGAGAACCUGUUGAAAUUUGCAAUAACAAAAUAAAGUGUUUGCAUGUCACACGUGCCUGUGGGAGCUUAACUCUUUAUUGAUCCUGGGCCUGUAUCUGGGCCGUCCCACAGCUUCUGACUCUACAGCCACACAUCUGGCCCACACACACACGUGGCUCUCCUUUCCAACCAUGUAUGCCAUUCCCAGGCACAACAAUCACAGCAUUAUACACCACAGGGUAUUUUAAACUAAUACCCAGAACUGUUAAUUGACGUGCCCUACCUUUUGAAGGCUGCCUGGAGUCUAAAUAUUGAUUCCCCACAAAUUUGGCAUCAUUUGCUACUUUCCCACCGCGGAGGAGCUGGUUUGCGUGCCAGUGCUCAUGCUGUUGCCAAUGAACUGGCGAAACUCUUAAGAAUGGGCCCGCGUUUCUGUGAACUGCUCCUUUACAUAUGAGUGUGGGCGGGUCCUUGUCUGGACACGGAAGCCGAAGCGCACAAACGUGGGAGAACACUUUUUUUUUUUUUUUUUGCUGCAAGUACGGUUUACGGUCCAAACCAAAUUACUGCAGCAUCUGUGUGCAGCGCACAGAGGGUAACACAGACAGUGAUUAGAGCAAGACGGCAAGUACACACUUUGUCAUCCUUAGAGCCCAACCUAAUUCACAGCCGUGAAAAUCGCUUUGCUUUUCUCAUGUAAUACACAUGUAAUAUGGUAAACUUGAUGAGAUGGCAGCGUUACGCCCUUCUGCCGCUUUCGUCACGCGUUUGCGGUUCGAGACCAGCUAGUUUGCGGGGCUGGAAUUGAACCCGUUUUUCGGCCGAGCACCGAGUUCUUCUGCGGUGGAAAACCCGCCUAACGGUUAUAAUUAAGGCCCGGGCUCCGGAUCCCUGUUGGUGGGUAAGGCCGUUGUGUCCGUAACAGUCCAGUGAAUAUAAUCUAAUACAUUUAUGAGGUCCAAAACAUAAGUCACAUCCACAAGCGCACUAAAAACAGAACCUAAACUUUUCUGGGGAAAAAAAUAGACACUCUUGCCAACUUUAUCUGAUGUAUUUGACACCUAACUUGGCCAGCUGGGACACUGGGGGCUGUCUAUAGCAAGCAACAGCCAAUGACUGUCACAGACUAGCAGAAGCUCACACCUAACUUUUAGUGUUGAAGAUCCAACCUAUCAGCUCACAGAAUAAAAAUUACACUACAGACACUUAGCCAAUGAAGUUUGGAACACACCAAUGUGUAGUUUGUGGGUGUGUUUUGUAAACUAUAGCAGCGUGCAAAGGAGUUUAGUCACAGGAUUUGUGCGCUCACAUGUAAAAGUUGUUUUGUGGGCCAUUGCUGUUUUGAUGGGUUUUUAGUUGAAAAUGCCAAAACACAAAGAAAAGAGAAGGUCCAGUCUUACAGCUACAGUGGAGGAGUGUACCAGACGGGACAGUGACUUCUCCGAUAACGAUGUCUCUGAAGUGGACAGUAACAUUUCCGAUGUCGCGGAGGACACGUUUUUGGAAGGCGAAGAUGCCAUUCUUGAUAGUUCAGAGUUAUCAGAUCCUGCAUGGGAACCAGGGACCAGAACUGCAGAAGUUCCUGAAGACACAGAUGAGCAAACAUCAGAGUCAGAACCUGAUACAGUCCCACGCCAAGCCAGAGGUACCCCGGCAAAGAGAGCCAGAAACAGAGGCAGAGGGAGGGCCAGAGGCGGAGGAGCCACUACAACUGCUGAAACUGGGCAGAGGUGGUAUGAUGAUCAGGAUCCUGACAUCACACCCACCCAGCCCACCUUCCGCCCCUUACGAAAUCCUGGGAGCCAGCUCAUUACUAUAGCAGAUUACAGUGUUCUGGACCUCUUCCAGUUGUUUUUCACAAAGACAGUGUUACAGACUAUAAUUAACAACACUAAUGAGCACGGGAGAGCUCACUACAACAAACCCUCUGAGCCGUGGACAGACAUCACCCUACCAGACAUGUUUUUAUACCUGUCCAUUGUCGUUUAUAUGGGCUUUGUAAAAGCCCCUGCACUAACUGAUUAUUGGAGAACGAGCAGUCUGUACAGCUUCCCCUUUACCAAGAAGACUAUCACAGGGAAGAAGUUCCUCACCAUCUCCAGGGCUCUUCACCUCAGCAGUGCUGCUGAAGACGAGGCUAAUGAAAGAAAAAGGGGCACACGAGAGUUUGACCGCCUGUGCAAGAUCAAACCUCUGUAUAUAGAGAUAAGAGAAGCUUGCAAGAGAAUCUACCACCCUGACCAGCACAUCUCAGUGGACGAACGUAUGGUAGCGUCAAAAGCCAGGGUCAUUUUCAAACAGUACAUCAAGAAUAAGCCUGUUCGUUGGGGCUUCAAGCUCUUUGUUCUAGCAGAGUCCAGGACAGGGUACACCUGGGACUAUUUUGUUUAUGAGGGGAAGAGCACGGAGCGCACUGGCAAAGGACUAGGCUAUGACACAGUGAUGAAGCUUGUAAACCCGGCUAUACUCGGCACGGGCUACAAGCUAUACUUAGAUAAUUUCUACACAAGUCCCACCCUCUUACGUGAUCUUUACCAGCAGAGGAUCUGGGCCUGUGGCACAAUGAGGAUCAAUGGAGUCGGCUACCCCAAGACAAAAAUCAAUGCCCUGGACUCCAUAGCUCUCCGUGGCAGCAUUCGGUGGCUUCGUGAAGAUCCCCUGCUUUUUGUGCAGUGGCGUGACACCCGAGAUGUCUUCUUGUGCUCCACCAUCCACACUGCCCAUGGGACAGAGACUGUCAAGCGCAAGAUGAAGGACAAGGAAGGGCACUGGAGUUCCAAGGACAUCCCGAUUCCACCAGCUGUGAAAGACUACAACCAACACAUGGGUGGAGUUGAUUUAUCUGAUCAGCUGAUUGGAUACUAUGAUGUCCUCCACAAAACGAAAAAAUGGUACAAGACGUUCUUCUUUCAUUUUGUGGACAUCGCCAUUGUGAAUGCCUUCAUCCUGUACCAAGCCCAAUGCAAAGUCAAAGGACUGGUGCCGAUGCAUCAGAAAGCAUUCAGGGAAACACUGGCUGUGGAGCUUUCAAUGGUGGGCCCUCAGCAAAGCACCUCACAGCAAGAGCACCUGGAGCCACACCAUCGCCUUGUACAUAUUAAUGAUUCUGGGGAGAGAACCUCUGGAAGGCUAAAGUGCAGGAAGUGCCAUGCAAAAACUCCAGUCAAGUGUGCAACAUGCAACAUGCCCUUGUGUUUUGUUGCAAACCGUGACUGCUACAAUGAGUGGCACAGAGAAAACAACAUGUAAAAUAAUAACAUGCUAGUAAAUAUGUAAAUAAUUCAAAAUGUUUGUGUUCAU